AUGCAGCGUUUUUCGUCCUCUCAGUACGAUGCGCUUAACGACGCUACAAAUACAACCUCUUCCAUUCCCGCUGCUGACGCUGCAAAUAGAAUCCUCUUCUCCACAGAAAAACUCCUCGCAGACCCAAAGCAAACCGCGGCCGCUCUUCUCGCAGUCAAGUAUGGCAUCUUUGAAUCCUCAGAUGUCAAUCUUUCCUACAACCUUAUGGCCCUCGCAAAACUCCUUGCUGAGUAUCCUUCAACAUGGACCGUCGUGGACCAGUCCCUGACUGAAAAGGUGAUUCAAAUCGCUGUAAGUUCAUCCGUAGCCCCCAAUGUCCUUUGCCCAGCUCUAGCAGUCCUCACGCUUAUUGCCCUCGAAACCCGAUCCCCAGCCCCCAAGCCUCCAAGCUUCCCUGACCUAGUUGCUGCCCUCAAGUCCGUCAACAGCUUUGUUUACUCAUUAGUCUCGCGUCUCGCCUCGUCAAACAUUCAAGUUAUUCUUAACGCCCUCCAACUCAUCAACUCUCUUGUUAUCGCUUUCUCACUCCCAACCCCAGAAAACCCUCAAGUAUCAUCCACCAUUUUUGACGACCUCCGGGAUGCUGGCCUUCUUCGUGCAGUAGCUCAGCUCUAUGAAAAUAAACCCCUUGCUGCAUCCUGUAGUCCACAGCUUUACGACCUCCAAGAACUCCUUCGAGCUGCUUUCCAUAGAUAUGCAACCACAAACCUGGACACUGCUGCUGUAGAUAUCCAUGCUCAAACCGUCCGUCGUGGUGAACUCCUUUUUUCCCAGCUCAUGGGAUCCUCUUCUUCCGCAGCAGCCGACUGGGAACGUGCUGGUGUCCCAGAAAACUCUGAUGUGGUUUCUGAAGUAAAUGCUUCAACAAAAUGGGGUGGCUUCCAAGAUUUUGUCGACAUUCUUUCUCAAGAUGACAUGAUGCUCAAAAAAAUGUACCUUGAGCAUUUGGUCUUUGCUCCAGCCCGUGCACGCUUCCCUCUUCUUCAGGCAGCCCUCGCAGUUACCCAAAUCCUCUAUGACAUCUUCGGCAUCUCUAACCACGUAUUGGACCCAGCCUAUCUUUCAUCUGUCCCAGAUUCCUUUCUUCCAGCCCCUUACUCACCUUCCGAUGUAACCUCUACAACAAACCUCCCCUUAUCGUCACCUUCUACUGCGUCCGGGUUGGCAAUCGAUGACAGAACCAAACAACUUCAUUUAGAAGCCUCAACCGCACCCUCCUCUAUGCUGAUUGGCUCAGAUUCUUCUCGCUCUCAGUCACACCAAAAAACCGGCUCUCAUUCUGGUGAUAGUGCCAUUUCUGCAACUUCUUUCUCGUCCCAAGGCGGUGCCGGACACGCGUCAGUUGAGCACGAGCUCGCCAAACUUUCCAAGUUACGACCUCUUAUUUUUGAAUGGAGUUCCCUCAUCACCGCCGGUGUUGUCAACUUUUUGCGUCUGUGGAUUGCCUCGAGUGCCCAGCGCUCGGAUUUUGACAAUAUCCGUAAGGUGGUGGGUGUGCUUUUCCGAUCAGCCAUCCCAGAUAUGGAUUUCAAUACGGCAACUCUUGAUACUGUUCUCAACAAGCUUGAUACACUCUCGUACACUGAUUUGCGCGCCAUCCAGCUUAAAAAUAUUGAGGAGGACCUCAACCAUCAAUGGGGAUAUGAAAUUCGCGCUCUUCACAACCAGUUCCAUCAAGAAUCAUAUGACUUUGUCCGAGAACAGCGCAUCCGCCUCCUUUUGCGCGGUGAAUGGUUUUACAUUGAUAACCCGGUCAAGCCGGCCUCUUCGAUUGGUUCUAGCAGCGGACCUUCAACCUCUACAUUAAGCUCUAAGCCUUUAAUUUCGCGUGCAACAGCUGCCACGGGUGCUAUUUCGUCCUCUGCGUCACUCGGUCAUAGCAACAUUAGUGCACCGCUUAGCACUACUGUCACCAAUGUGGCCGCACCUACAUCACGCCGCUACUUUGUGGCUCUCUCGCCGAGUUUGAACACUCUUCAUUACUCAGAGUACCCAUCGCAGCUCCCAGAGUACCCUUCAGUCGAUGCGCUUUCACGUGCCAUUGAUCUCCAGUCCAUUUCCAAAGUUGUAGUCACAUCGCUUUCCCCCGGUGCUCAUGCCUCGCAGACCCGCAAGAACCCGCUGCGUGUGUCGCUUUUCUCCCGAACAAAUUAUUCACGCAUUUCGCUUAUUUUUUCAGGCCCUCGUGAUGGAACAACCCUGACUUUUUAUACCGAUACUCCUGAAAAGGCUGCUGCUUGGGGUGAUGGUCUGCUCAUGCUUAAAAACAAGCCCUACCAAUCUAAGGAGACUAAAAAAUAUAUUGACAUGUUUGCUGAAACUAAACUUCGUCUUCAAAUGCUUCAAGUUACUCCAACUGAUUACGACUAUGCCUCUCGUCAUAACUCAGCUGAAGAUGAUUUUGAUAGCAUUGUUCCGUCCGAUAACUAUUUUUAUUCUUAG